CCCCGGGAGCAGCGGGCUGGUCUCCAUGGCGACGGCGGCGCCGCGGCGUGGUUGGGCCUAGGGCGGCCGGGCGGUUGGGCCUAUAGGGCGGGGCGGCCGCCGCCAUGGAGCCUGCGCCUCGGGUGCCUUCGGCGCGGCUGCAGGCCGAGGCGAGCGGUGCGUGGGCCGCGGCAGGGCCGGGGCUGGUGUUCGCGGGCUGCGGCGGGACGGACGUGGCGCUGGCCCAGGCCUUCUGGAACUCGGUCACCCUCCAGCCGCCCCUCGAGUCCUGCCUGGGCCCGCCUCGGGGCUCGCUCACCCCCGGCCACAGGAAGCUCUCCAGCGCCAACGGGCGCCGCCGCUCCCUCUUGGCCGACGACAGAAGUUCUCUUGCCCAACCUUCAUCAACUAGUAGAAAGAUAGAAGCAGAAACCCAGGGAAAUCCUGAAGUGGAGAGUGUGGUCGGAGAGAAAGCACAGUACCUUCAGAAGGCUAAGCGGAGAAAAGAAAUCAUCGCUUUGCUGAAGAAACAAAGGGAAGAGAGGAUCAUGAAAGAAGCGAUUUCUCGUCCACACAGACCAAAGACCAAAACGGAAGAAAGCAAGUUAAAGAUAUCAGAAUCCGACUUGGAAGAUCAAGAAAGUGUCAGAGCAUUAAUUUGAACAAUUGCGUCCAAGUGGGCAGCUUGAAGAGAAAACCAUUUGCCCCUUCCCCUCAGAAAUCCUGGUCAAGUUACACUUUAGCUCUUAAGGUAUACAGGCCUUGUGAAUUCCGUGCCAAACUCUUACCCUCAACAGCGAGAAUUGACAGUGCUCUAGCAGAAGCUAAUGGCUGCUUCGAUUCAGAUGACAGGUUUCUUGGUCCCUGGAGUCAAAUAAGUAAUAGUAGGAAAGUGUGUAGUAAUACAAUUAAACUCCUUUUUGAAAUACAAAA